AUGACCGAUGAACAGAUAGACACGACGCCUUCCCCGCACAGCCUCAAGCCCGCCUCGAUCCGGUCACGGUCGCUGGGCGGCUGCGAGACCUGCCGCCGUCGGCAUGCCAAAUGUGAUGAGACACGGCCAUCCUGUCAGAUGUGUGAGCGAGCGGGUCUCAUUUGUGAGCAGUAUGGCAUCCGACUUCUGUUUGACUCCGGGGAGAGUCAAGGCUCGCGUUGUCGACGGCCGCUCUUCACCGAGCACUGCCGCCAGCAGAUGAGCGAGCAGCUGGUGGCCAGCCUCAAACCCCACAAUGUCAACAUUGUGCUCUCUCGAUUGGAUGGGGACUGUGAGGAGAGGGACGAGAUACCCCCGACUCAGAGCUUCUUCGCUCAGUUGGGACCGUUUGGUGCCUUCCGUCUCGUUCAAUCUAAGCCCGACCCCAGCCCCGUCUUGAUAGAAACUCUCCCAGCACACUCGGAGCUACCACUGGUAGAGAUUCCUCCGGAAACUGGGCUCGAUCUCGCGCUGGAGGAUGCCUUUGCUAGUGAUCCCUUGCUUGAUUGCCUCUUUGGUAACCUGGAAGUCGAUGGUUUUGGGGAGCUGUCGACGCAGAACUUCUUCAGUGCUGCCAUGCCGCUAUCCGAGGGGGAUGACUUCUCCUCCCCAUCCCAGUCCCUCACCAGUGGCUUGCUGAUGGGGCCAUCGACCGCCUCGUCAAUGGGGCUGUCGUCUCCAUUCUUGUCCGCACCAAGUCUGCGGUCCCCUUCGACCGUCACUAAUCGCGCACCACCCGACGCUCCUUUCCUUCUGUCGGUCUACAAGCACGACGUAGUACCACUCUUCUCGCUAGUCCAAUCGCGUAAGAAUCCCUGGGAGGCAUUGUUUGUGUCUAGCGCCAUGGAGACCCUGGCCCGACUGACCAUGGGUGAGAACGUUGCACCGACGCAGAUGACCAUCUUCAGCGCCAUCCUCGCCACGGGCGCCUUUGCUCAACGAGGAGCCUCGGCCACGCGCAGCUCGGCAAAUUACUGGGAAGGGCAAGCAGAAGGCCUUGCGGCGGAGGCGCAAACCUACCUCAAGCGGGCCUUGCGAGACGCGUCAUCGACCGUCAAGAAGGUCAAGUACAAAGACAUCCUCAUCGCCCUCCUGUGCAUCCAUACCGUCUCGGCGUAUCAGGGUAGCGAAGAACGCGUCCGUCGUUGUCUGCUUGACUGCGAGAAUUGGGUGCGCUUCCGUGGCUUGCCCAAACCCCGCAAGUCGCGCAAAGUCCGCCUUCUGCACCACUGCUACGUCUACCUACGCAUCUUUCACGAAAGCACCUCGGUGCUGCCCCCGGUGCCGCCGGACGGGGAGAUUGACCAUGCCUCACCGGAGGCUACCGUCGGAUCCAUCGCGUCCAGCCGGUCAUUCCGGCUUCGCCAAUGGGAAGGCCGCCUCGACCAACGCAUGGAGGAGCUCAAAGAGCCGCACCAGGGCGAGAACGACCUCCACCUGGAGAUCCCCGGGCGGUGGGACUCGACCAUGUAUCCGCAGGUGUUCGGGCUGCCGGAGCCGCCGUUCUUCCUCCUCUCGCAGGUAACUCGGCUGGGCAACGAGCGGGAUCUCGCCGACGCGGGUAGCAGCAGCAGCACGCUGGAUUUCAAACAGUUCAAUGCGCGGGCACGCAGCCUUGAGCGCUGUAUUUCCGCAUGGCGGCCGCCGGCCCUCGCUGGCGAGGAUGAUGGCACGGCGGAUGCGGUGGAGCGCCGCAACGCCCGCCGCAGCUCCCAGCUCAGCAGCGUGUUGCACAAGGCGUUGCUGAUCUUCUUCUACCGCCGGAUCUAUGAUGUGGAUCCGAUGAUCCUGCAGGAUAAAGCGUGGCAGGUCCGGGAGGCGCUCGCCCAGUAUGACGAAGAGAUUGAGGGUCAAAGUGCCGCGUCGUGUGUGGCGGCCCCGUUCCUGUGGGCGGCUUUUAUUGCCGCGUGCGAAGCAAUCGACCCGGCGUUGCAGAGCAGGUUUGUGCGGUGGUUCGAGUCGGCUGCCCAGCGGAGCAGCGUCGGGGUGUUUGAGCACGCGCUGGGCGCCAUCCGGCUGGUCUGGGAGCGCCAGCGUCAGAGUACGGGAAUUACGGCUAGCUGGCCGCAGAUCCUGCGCGAGGAGGGGAUCAGUUUAUACUACAUAUGA